AUGGCUACCGCCGGCAACGAGGCGAGCGGUAACAGCAGCGGCGGCGGCAGCGGCGGCGGCAACGUGCCGCAAUGGAAGCGCGACCUGAUACAGCGUCGCCGUCAGCAGAGCAAGGUCUUGGCGAACAACGGCGCGAGCGUCAAGCUGUGCAGCGCGAUGAUAGGCACGUCGUCGUCGUCGGUAACAUCGGCGCCCGACGGCGCCGCCAGCGAACAGAGCGGGCUCCGCGCGACACGCUCGGCGCCGAGCGGCGGGAACAACACCGCGCCGCCGUCCGGUGGCGCCACCUCCGCUUCGCCGCCGGUGGCGGCAACGGCCGCCGAUUUCGCGUCGCCAGUCGCGUACAACAUGCGCCUCGAGGUGGACCUGUCGCUCUGCUCGGACGCGGAGGAUGUUGUGAACGGCGCGGCGACGGCUAAAUUCGCGGACGUCCCGUCGGAGCGGAAGCUGCCGGAGUACUUGGGCGAGGAGAGCGAGGAGGCGCGAGCGACCGCGAGGAUGAGCGAGGGCGGCGAGACGCGGCCGGCCGCCCCGGCCGGCAGACGCGCAAGGGAGACAUCGUUCGAUUCGAGGGCGCCGGGGGGCCCGCUGUCGCGCGUCGCGCCACCGAGUCGCGCCUCCAACGAGGACGCGGAGAGCGACAGCUCCGAGGAGCUGCAGUACGGCCCGGGGAUCGUCAACAAGCUCAGGUGCAAGUACCUUAACCUCACUCUGCGCGAGACGAACAAGAGCCGCGCGUCGGUGCAGCGGUUCCGGCGCGCGGCCAGCCUCGAGGAUCUCUUGGACCGAGACGACGACGAGGCGUCCAGUCACGAGAAGACCACUGCCGGCAGGAAGUACACGAGGCGGAGCGGCGGUGGCGGCGGCGGCGGCGGCGGCAGCAGCGGCACCGUCGCCGCUCCAAAGACCGACAGGUACCGAAACGCCUCCAGGGGCAACGACUCGAUGAAACGGGCGCGCAGCGUCGAGACCUUGAUGAGGUACAACAGCGUGACGGCGGACGAGGCGACGAGCGCGCGCCAGGUUCCGGUCGCCCGGCCGGUGACGAACGGCGUUCGCCAGGAGCCGGUCAACGACCACAUCAUACUCGUGGACCGUACGUCCGUGAAGAUCGAGAGCCGGCUGAGCGAGCUCGACCGGCCCAAGCCGAUCAACAAGCCCAAGAGGAUCAAGCCGGUGCUGGCGGAGACGGAGCGGCCGCCGCCGGAUCUAGUCAAGACCACGAUGAGGAUCUUCGAGAGCUCGGCGAGGAAGCUGAAGCCCAAGGGCGAGGUCGCCGCCAAGGUCGCCACCUUCAAGACCAUCAACGACACGUUCAAGGCGCAGAAGAAGCUCGCGCAGAAGCCGCCGUUGCAGCCGAAACCCUUCGUCAACGGCGGCGCCCGCACAGGCGUCGUCGUCGUCUCCCCGAAGAAGAUCGCGCUGCCGCGCAAGCCGACCGCGGAGCUGAUCGAGACGCAGGACGGCAAGGAGGAGUAUCACAUAGACGGCGUCAUCACGGAGCCGAUCGCGCAGUCGGUGUCCUCGGUGGUCAGCAAGUUCCAGCAGAUCGAGAAGUCGCACUCGUCCUCCCCGUCGCCGGAGCCAUCGAGCUACAAGCUCAAGUUCUCGCCGGCCAACAGCCCGGAGCCGCCGCAGACGUGCAAGCCCAAGUCCGCCGCUCUGGAGAUCGCCAUCAAGUCGCCGCCGGUCACGCCGGUGCUCUCGCCGAGGAUCCUGUCGCCGAGGCUGCAGAGCCCGUCCUCGCCCGUUCGCCCGGGCACGCUGAGCCCCUCGUCCCCCGUCAAGGACCUGAUCCGCGUACAGAUCCCGAGUCCGCUUCACAAACCGCCGCUCCCGCCGAGCCCCGUCAAGGGGGAAUCCUCUGCGAGAACGGAGCCGGAGUCCAAGCUUCUUCGUUUGCAGAUCGAGAAGGAGAUCGUCCCGAGGGCGAGCGCCGAGGGUGCCCGGCAGGCUCGCGUCUCCGAGGAGGAGGAGGAGGAGGACGAUGCCGAUGCAAGGUCGGGCCGCGUCGCGCUCGACGGGGAGAAGAGCGUCGACGAGGAGAUCGUGGACGGGCCGAGGACCAUCUCCAAGACCGCCCUGGACAACAUCGGCAAGGCGGGCACGACGAUGCAGUUCGACUUCGGCGACCGGUCCGCGUGCGACAAGAGUUACUUGCCGGGCGCGAAGCAGAACGGGCAGAAAUCGGCGGACGAGCCCGUGCCGGAGGAGGACCGUUGCGCCAAGACGGAAUGCGGGAGCAAGGUGAGCGCACCUGCCGGCGUUGUGGCCUGCGAGAUAUCGUCGAGGUUGCAGGAGAAGCUCGAGCCUGAGGAGGAGAGCGACGGCAAGGACAUCGAGGAAAGGCAGCUGAUCGUGCCGGAGAGUAAACCCAUUGGCGCCAUCUGCAGCCUGGGCUUGAUCAGGACCGCGACGACCACCGUGACGACGGCGUCGUCGGCAGCGGCGGCGGCGGCGACGUACUCGCAGAGCAACAACGAGACCAAGACUAUACGGUGCCAGCAGAAGAGCGAGUUCUCGCCGCCGCAGAAGCAGAUCGGCAUCAUCCGGCCGCUCGUCUGCACGAAGACGCAGCAUCCGCAGCAGAGUCUGAGCAAUCGUGAGCUCGAGAAGAAUCUGAUCAAUCGGGUCAAGAGCAUCGAGCAGCCGACCAAGGUGGUAGUGAGCCUGAAGAGUGCCGACGAGAUACAACCCGCGAAGAAGACAAGCGCUGGAGGCGGUGGCGGCGGCGGUGGUGGCGGCGGCGGCGGCGGCGGUGGUGGCGGCGGUCUCUGGGACACGAAACCGUGGAAUCAGCAGAACAACACGAUGGUGUUCAACUUCAGCAACCGAAAGGACGUGCCGGAUUACAUAGAGAACGACGGCCUUAUCAUCAGGAGAAAGCGGGAUAAGCCGAAGGUUACUGAUGGUGGCAUUAUAGUGCUCGAUGCUACUUUGGAUGCGUCCACGACCGACGACGCCGAGUGGGAGAUCUCCGGGGGUCCACCGUCGCCCUGCGACGUAUCGUUUCUCAACGACAAUAUUCUCAUCAACGGACGCAGCAACCUCUCGAAGACGCCACGAAAUCAUAAGCAUCGGAUACAGUUCGACGACACCGCCACUCGUACCUUCGAAUACCCCAGCGAGGCGUCGAUCCUCGAGGGCGAGACCAGCUGCGUGGACGGCGAGACCUCUGGUUCCGCGAUCGAGAAGCAGCCUACGCCGAGCAACAACAAGAUCUCCUCAACGACCGGCACGACGACGAGCAUGCCGUCCCUUCUCGGCGGAGGUGGCCUGGCCAAUUACACACCUAGCAAAGUGGACCUGACGUCGGAAGGCUUCGAGCUGGGCAUUACCAGGGCCAUACUAAUGGUUCCCACCCCGACUGCAACAACAACGACAACGGCGACAACCGGGCAAACCGAGAAUGCGAGCGAAGUGGAAUACCUGAGACCGGCUCAAGACGCGGGUGCUUGGGGCUCGGAGACGACCGGCGAUCUUCUUUAUUGAAAAGAAAUGUAGAAUAACGCUUCACCAUCAGUAGCUCAAUGUCCCUCCGCGGCAACAGAACGAACGAACGAACGAAACGAGAAAAGGGUAACAAUAAGUAUUCCUCUUUUUUUUUCUAGCGACGAGAAGAUUGCGAGAUACCAUACAAAUGCAAGAGAAUCAAUAUAUUAUGAUAAAUUUUAAUAAAAGGAAAGAUUUACGACAAAUGCUCAUGUAACCGUACGAAGCGAAUUUUUCAUAGAAAACAGAUUUAGAACGUUCGCGUUCGUGACCGGACGAUAUGUCGGACCACAGAUAAGUCGCAAUUAUCGUUAGAUUAUUAGAUAUUAAAUUAAGCAAACUUUUUUUUUCUAUUACGAAAACGGAAUCAAAAACGCAAUCUCCGCUCAUGAACGCGUCGAAUAUUCAAAACGAAGUUUAUUUAGAUAAUUAAGGACUAACAGUAUCAUUCCAAGCAUACGCAUUUAUUUUGUAUCGUUACGCUAUGUCAAAUCAACGGACUUUUCCUACACGAUGAAUCAUCGAAACUGCCAAGAUACGUUAUAUAGUGCUGCUUUUUUUUAUAAUAGCACUCGCGAAAGGAAGAGCCCGGCGACUGAUACUUCGUUGCUUAGAGGAAAAAAAAGAUAAAAACAGAGCAUAUCAUCUUUCUGGCAUAUUUUAUAAGAUAGAGGUAUAAAUCGACGAGAGAAUCGAGUUUUGUAACCUUUUUGAGAUUACUUUAAUGCUAAGCUGUGAGUGUUGAAGCUGCCAGUAAAAGGCCAGAGUUUUAUGCAAGGUUUUUUUUUGUAGAAAAACAGGCAAACGAUGGAACGUCUUUGAGAUUUAAUUGGAGGGGGAAAAGGUCCGGGGAAAAAGGAACAGCUCGAGUUGUUAGAUUUGUAAACGUUUUUUGCCAAAGUAGAACGUAAGUCUACUUAUUAGUAUUUUUAAUAGUAUAUUUAAUAAUGUAUAUGUACAAUAAGUGUUCCAGUUCGACAAAACUGUAAGAAUUGUAAAUUUCAAGACACACCGUCAUUUGUACCGAAAUGUAUGGCAAAUCAUACUAUGCCUUGCAAAUGCGAAGAUAAGCCAUUACAGCGUAUGCGACUUUUCAUACCGAUUGUGAGUUUGCAUUUACUUUCCAAGCAUCAUAAAUACAUAAAACUAAUAGCUUUCCAGCAUAGGAGUUGCAUAGGAGAAAACGGCGGUUUAAUGUUAAUUAUUAAUUUUAAGGGAAUUGAAUUUUGUAUAUAUACUAAAUUAUUGUGGGUCUCGCAGAGCCAUUCAGGAUAAGUUAAUCGAAUCACGAAAGUUCGAAAAAGAAAUUUAAUUUAAGAUCAGCUUUCUUGUAUGUCUUGUAUUACUUUUGUUCUUUUCUUUUUCAUGUUAAUUUCUUGUAUCUUCUAUAUGUAGCAUCUCGGAUGCGUUACCACGGAUAAUCGAAAGCAUUGUUUUGAAUCGUGUAGGUGUAGGUAUUUAAUAAUGUAUGAUUGUAAAACGAUAUGUAGUCAAUAUGAUUUCACUUGGACAGUGGACUGAUUCAAGCGAAAGAACGCGAUAAAGAGAUAAUUUAUUAGGAUGCAUCAAAAGUAAACUGCUGCUGCGUUUUAUUACGAGUUUCAAAUAUGUUUACUUUAUUUAGAUAAAGGCUGUAUCAGUUCACCGAAUAGUUUGUGAUGUGCCGCAUUGUUUGAAAGACUUGUUCUUGUGUCACAGCGUUGUGUCUUACACUGUGAUAUUUUUUGUUAAUCUUUUAUAGCGUAAAACAUAAUUUCCAAUUAUUUGUCAGACCCAGCAAGUCGUCGAUACUCGUUGCUGCAAUACAUGAAUAUCGCAAGGAGCAAGUCAAAUUGCGUUUGUGCAACAUUCCAAAUUAAAACUGUAUACGUAUAGACUUUCUAAUUUGCUAAUUAAUCGAUCAAUUGUAAUCUUGCUCCAUACAGGAGAGCUGUGUAACAGUUUUGUAAAUUACAGUUGUACAGAAGCGCAGAAUACCACGUUUCGAGUAAACAAUAAUAAUAAGUAAAAACGAUUGUGAGGUAACUAUUGAUAACUGAAGCUUGGAUCUAUAUUAAUUAAUUUAAUUAAGCCCAUCAUUCCGCCGCGGAACAUAGGGACUCGACAAGUUGUCUCCACUUUCUUGCGAGUACUUCGGGAAUCAGAAUUCAGACGGACAGGUGAUAAUGCCUGCUGCAUCCUAGUCUGGUGUCAGGGCUGCUGACUUGAUGGCGACCAGACUCGCCAGUAGUAUGUGUGUGUGGCAGAAUACUCUCGGUGGUUACCACUUCCCUUAGAGAGGUAACGUCCGAAAAAGUCAGCGGUAUUCGUGGAUUUGAACUCGGAUCUUCUCGUUCAUUUGCUAAGCAGCGCACAUUUUUCUGCGCCACGCUCGCCACUGGAUCUAUAUUAUUACCUUCUUAAAUAUGUAAAAGUGUGAUGUAUUGUCUAUGUGUUACAAAAUAUCGAAGUAAUAAAAGAGACAAUUACUCCUUA